AUGACCUGUACCAUCUCGUUUCGUCCUUGUUAUCAACACCGCAUUUACUGUCAACAAAAGCAGCACCCUCUGUGGAUCUAUACCCAAACACUCAACCGUUCCAGCUGCAUCACACAUCCUCCGCCCGCAGUCCGGAAUGCCGCGCAACCUAGAAGCCCUGGCAGGGAAGAACGCGUCACACGAGCCCCCUCAUCUCACCAAGAGCCCCGAAGCGCUGGACCCAGGACUCUACGACGACGACGAAGAGGAAGCCACGCUAGAGAGUAUCCUGUCGCAGCGCAACGAGAAGAGAGACGAGAUCCACCCGUACACGCAGACCCUCUCCCUCUCCGACAUCGACUCCUGCGUACUACUCGAGGAACAGGCGUUUCCACCCAACGAACGUUGCACGCGAGAAAAGUUUCAAUACCGCUUGUCGAAAUGUUCCGAACUAUCCCUGGGCGUCUUCACAUCUCACGCGGAGGGCAAGAUAGCAACAGCUGAGACCUCCCUCCCUGUCUACAGCGGUGCACCAGAGCGCAAAGCCGUGCUACUGGGACACAUUGUGGCCACCAGAUCGACAAAUCCAGCCGUGACGGAUGCCGACAUGGAAAUCCCUACCUCUGAAUCCCCGGAUGCUGGGCACAGGGAAGAGGGCCGGACGAUCUGCAUUCACUCUCUCGCUGUGCUGCCCGAGUAUCAGAAGCGGGGGCUGGGGAAGACGCUGAUGAAGGCUUACAUUCAGCGGAUGGAGAGCCAUGGGGUCGCUGAUCGUCUUGCUUUGAUUGCGCAUGAGGCGCUCAUUCCUUACUAUGAGGGCUUUGGCUUUCAGAACAAGGGGAAGAGCAAAGCGCAGUUUGGCGGUGGUGGGUGGUUUGAGAUGGUGAGGGAAUUGAGAAACGAAGAGGAGAUGGAGGAGGAGGAAGUGGAGAUCGACGUGCUCGAGUAGUCGACCCGUGGUUGAAUGUUUGAGAGCUCCAGCGUGGCGUCGUUCCAUCCCUUUUCAUCGAAAGGAGAUGUUGUAACCGGUGAGCAGUGUGUUUGAACGACUGCAUUAUCAUGGUCAUUGUUCCUACCGGGAGCAUUGUACGUUAUUCUUUCCCCAAUCAAUCGCUGACAGAACGUCACGCAAGU